CGUCACACAUCUCAACUGGAGUAAGAUGCACGCACUUGCGCGUGUCUGUCGCUCCCGUGCGCCACGGGCCAUUGCUACGUCUGGCUUGGCCCAAGUGUCUUUCUUCUCCUCUUCAUCCUCUGGGUCCAUUGCCACCACUGCCGGAUCGGUCUCAGAUGUGGCCGAGUUGUCGAACCAGCACGGCCAUGUCAAGGCCAGACUCGACUUCAAGAAGCUCGUGGAGAAUGUAGACGCGGCCAUCGAGAACGGAAAGAAACGCUGCAGUGACGGUAACCCACAGCUCGUGGCCGACCUCUAUCAACGUCAGGCCAAGCUGCGUCACAAUGUUAAUCUGCUGCGUGCCGAGCGCAACACACAUGCUAAGCAACUCGGCCAGGCAGCCGCUGCCAAGAAGAAACAAGGCAAAGAGGCGGAGCAGGCCUUCGAGGCGUUGCGACUUCGUGGCCAAGAGCUCAAACGCGAGAUUGCGGACGUCGAGGCUGAGCUAGGCCAGGUGUCGGCCGAGCUGGAGCUUGAAGCGCUCAAGAUCCCCAAUGAUACCCACCCGGAUGUGCCUGUGGGCGGCGAAGAGGAAUCCCGCGUUAUCAUGAAGCAUGGAGAGAAGCCCGUGUUUAACUUUAAGCCCAAGGAUCAUUAUGACUUGGCCACAGACUUGGAAUUGUUGGACACCCAGACCGCUGCGAAGGUGGCUGGGUCCAAAUUUACGUACUUGUGUAAUGAAGGUGCAAUGAUGGAGAUCGCGCUGGUGCACUGGACGCUAAGCAAGCUGCGAGCUCGUGGAUUUAAGGUCAUGUUCCCGCCCGAUGUGGCCCACUACAAACUCGUGGAAGGCUGUGGCUUCCAACCGCGUGGAGAGGCCACACAGAUCUACUCCAUUGCCAACUCGGACUUGUGUCUGACCGCUACGUCGGAGAUUACGCUCGCUGCGGCCAAGAGUAACGAGAUCCUGUCGACGCCUACACUGCCACUUAAGUACGCAGGCUUCAGCCACUGCUUCCGCACGGAGAUUGGCCACGGUGGCCGCCUGACGCGCGGGAUCUACCGCAUCCACCAGUUCAGCAAGGUGGAGAUGUUCGCCUUCUGUGCGAACGAGACACAAGCCCAGGAGUUCUUCGACGAGAUGGUAGAGAUCCAGACGAGCAUGUACGCCGAGUUGGGCCUGCACUAUGAGCUCAUGGACAUGGCCACGGGAGAUCUGGGGGCACCCGCCUACCGUAAGUUCGAUCUGUUGGCGUGGAUGCCUGGCCGCGAGGAGUACGGCGAGGUCUCCAGUAUGUCUAUAUGCACGGACUACCAGGCCCGUCGUCUCAACAUUCGCCACAAGGACCCGAAGGCCGAGGAGACGGGAACGUCGUUCGUGCAUACGCUCAACGGCACUGCCUGUGCCGUCCCUCGUCUGCUUAUCAGUCUGUGGGAGACGUACCAGCAAGAAGACGGCUCUAUCGUUAUCCCCGAGGUGCUCAGGCCGUACAUGGGUGGCCAGGAAGUCAUUCGCCGCUCAGAGUAAGGAGCAAGACACAUUACAGAGAAGUCGAGCUGCCAAAUAGACCCCAUGUGAUGCUGUAUA